UUAAACUGUUGACUUGUUUACACGAAUCAUAUGAUCUGUGACAUGUUAUUACGAGCGUGAAGUUCUGCGCGCCGUAGGUGUGUUAUGGCGUGAUAGGAGAUAUGAAUUUUUAGGGGCUGACGUCACAAGCUAUCAUUGUGAAGCAGAACAAUGUUUUAUAAUAUAUUAAAUCGACAUUUUAGAUGUGCUGUAGCGUGUUGUGUGUGAUGAAUUUUUUGUGGGUGACGUCUGAGGUGUCACUGUGAAGCAGGAUUGUAUGUUAAUAUUUUAUAUUAGAUCGAGAUUUUAGAAUGAGAGGGAACUUUGUGAGUCUGUAUAAAACACCCAAGAAAGGGGAAAAUUCCAUUCUGAAACUGAAAUGUGACUGGAUUAGCGAUGAACUUAAUGUUCUGGUUAUCGAUGGAAACACGGCAUGGAGUGGGAAAUUCAGUGCAGAAGAAAUAGAAAGUUUUUGCGAAAUGCUUGGAAUCACGAGAGAUGAAUACAUUACCGAAUGUCAGCAAGCAUUUUCGGGAGGAAAAGCAGUGGAAAAUUUUUCAUUUACAGUUGAGAACAACAGAUUUGUGUGGAGGAAAGAACUGGAGGCUGACACCAGAGUGAAAUUUGGUAGUAUCAAAUUAUCUCCAGUUCCGCUUGUUCAGGCCUUAGAAGAGUUUGUUGACUUCGCAUUCGAGACUAUCGAAUGCUGUCGGCAAGAAGUUCUUGAUGCUAAGAACAAAAUGGGGUAUUUUGAAAAAGAGAGAAUGACUUUGGUGCAAAAAAUAGAAGAAUAUACCCAGAACAAAAAGGAGAUUGAAAAUAUUUUGUACAGCAAAUUUUUGUGUGUUUUAAAUUCCAAAAAAGAGAGAAUUGCAAGCCUAGAACAAGAGUUAUCAGAUUUGAAGUCAAAAACUCAGCACAGUGCCAAUGAAUCAGAAAGUGACAAAUGUGGUACAGCUGUUAUAACGGGACCUAGUUCUAAGACAACCAGGAUAACAAGGAAAACAAAUAAGAAACCGUAUCAGCGUAGAGUUCGUGAGUCUCCACCCUCAGUGGCUGUUGAUGCUGAAUUGCAAGUGUCAUCAGACAUUCCAGUUGAAAACAAUGACACACAAACCACUAACUCCAACACAAGUAAAGAGCUUAAAAAUAAGCAAAAUGUACGACAGACAAGCCAGCAAAGGACAAAAACUAACUCUCUUGUUGAAAAUAGAACUAUUUCAUGUAAAAGGGAAGCAUUAGUUCCAUGUACUUCAAGAACACUUGUUGAACAGGUGUGUGAAUCAGAUGUCUCAGAGCAUACAGGUUCCACUCAGCAUCAGCCUUCCAAGAAUAGUAUAGUACAGCAAAAAACUCUGGUUGUAAGAAGUGCUUCCCCAGUUGCAUCUACAGGUGCUUCAGUAAUACCAGUAGAAGACCACUUUACUGUGAAAAAUGAAAUUCCUGAUCAGUUUGUUCCAGAGCAGCAAGGAAUGAGUAUAUCUUUGCAGACACAUGCAGAUCAGAAAUCACCCCUUUUAGUAAAAAAAGGUAUAGAGGAUCUUAUAUCAGAACGAACUGAAUAUGUUGCUGGCUCAUUACAUAGCUCAGAAACAAAAGAUAAAACAACACAGAAAAUAUCUGAAGUAAUAUGUGCAAUUGAUUUAGUGUCACAGAAAACUAGUGCACAAGCAAAUGUUCCCUUGAAUAAUGUAAAAAAACUUACAAUUACAAAAAAUGAUAAAAAAGUUGUCACCAGUCCAGCAAAACGAAGCAAGGAAUUUGAAAUAAUAUGUCCUUUAGACAAGCUAAAACAACCAAUAUCUCCAACAUCAUCUCUUAUUCAUAAGGAUACAGCUCGUACGCCAAAAACUAACACUUUGAAACGACCAAUUCAGUCAAUGAAUAUGCAAGAUAAUAGUCAUGAACUUUCUAGAGAAGGCACAGAUGUAUCCCAGGAAACAGAUGUAAGUAGUGCAGAUGGGGUAAACACAAAUUCCAGAAUCAAUGCAGCAGAUGCUAUAUCUGUAACAAUGUCAUCUGCCAAUCCCACAAAACGUCAGACUGAACGAGAAAGUAAUCACUAUGACAGUGAAACAGAUGUAGAUGAGCCAGAGGAUGUUUGCAAGUUAUCUGCUAAGCACAGAUCUGUUAAUGGCAUCCUGGAAGACAGCAACCUUUCUUCACUCACAGAAAGCGAAAAUCUUGAAGUUAGAUGUGAUGAGGUACAUCAACCAGAACGAAAGAAAACCAUUGAAAAUUUAUUGAAUGAUUCACAAGAUUCAGACAGUACUUCAGAAGAAAUUCCUGAGGCUCCAUUACCAAAGCGUACUCGUCGGUCAGAAAGAUUUAAUAAAUGUGUUCCAAUAAGUAAUAAGUCCAUCAAUCACUUUACAAAACUGAGUCAUAUACAAGAUAAAAGCCAAAAUGUUGUGCAAAAUGUGCACUCAGUACUGUAUGAGCAAGAGACUCAGAUAGUUGACACACAGAAACUUUUGGAUGGCUUGGGAUAAUAUGCAUGAGACGAAUGUGAUUUCACUUUUAAAUUUCAUAGAGAGACUGACAAGUGAACUUAAAAGGAAAUGUAAUGUGAAUUAUUGUGAACACACAGGAGAGUAUUAUUUUAUUUUGUGUAUUUUAUUUCAUAAGUAAUAUUUUCCUGCUCGAAGAAAUCAUGACACCUCAGUAUUUUUUAUUUAUAUUCUCAUUGAAAGGAGAAUUAAGUUUUAGUCACACUCCCAAUAUAAAACACAAUGAACAUGAAUUGCAGGCUGUGAAAAUACUGCUUUAAAAUUAUACAUUGUUCUUUAUUACAUAACCUUUUAACGAACAUUAAAUGUAACUAAAUAUUCAUUUUACUAGAAUUUUACAUAACUUUUCUGAACAGUUACCUUUUUAUGUGUUUAUAACCCUAGUGGCAUGCUGCAUGUGCUACAUGAAUUAUGUUGAUUGCAUUACUUGAGCAAUUUUAUGAAAACAGUUUUACUGGCAUGUUUUAUC